AUGCAAAUCCGUCUGCAAGGGAUGGAACUCACUCAUCUCCGCCCCCUACUUCUCCCGCCGUUUCGUUUCUCACCACCGCCGGAUCCGGUCCGCCGUCGUCGACAAACCGCCUCUUCUGAUUCCCUCCUACGUUCGAGGACCCAUCUGGAGCUUUCUCCGCUUGCCCAAUCAACAAAGCCGGUUCGGUGCCGUCAUUGUGGAUUGCUUCAGGGACUUGCUUCUGCUCAAAUUAGGUUAUGA